AUGGAGCUGGGCAGCUGCUUCAAGACCUAUGAGGACUUCAAGGAGUGCUUCAGCGCCUAUAAAAAGGAGAACAGGUGCUCCUUCAUUCUCAGGGACUGCGUCUCCGUCCGCUUCCACAACCUCAACCGUGGCACCUCCAUCCGCGAGGACAUCCUAUAUGUGCAGGUGAAAUUUGUCUGUAUUCAGACCCAAUCAAACACGAAGAGAACACCCAAGGCGGACAUGUGCCCAGCAUACUUGCUUCUGCGGUACAAUGAGAAACUGGAUAGACUGUUUAUCAGUGAACUCAACACCCAGCAUAUACAUGUUGACUCUAAAACUACCGGUCCUGGAGAAGACACUGCUAGCAAUUCUAACAGGACGCUGUGCCUGCAGAACCCCCAGCGUGUGCAGCCCGCAAUCAAAAAAGACCUCGAAACUGCCAAGAAGUCCCCAGUGGAAUCAUCAUUUGGCUUAGGUAAGGUUCAAGCACCCUCCAAGCCAGAGCAGGAGGGCAUCAAGUCUUCUGACCUGACCAAGAUAGCAAAGGUGAUGAAGAACUUUCUUAAGGUCAAUAAGGGUUCCAUGGCCUCCCUCAGUGUGGGCAACAGCCAAGACCUAGACCGGCUCAGCUUUCAGAGCAGCAAGAUGAGUGAUCUGUUCAUCCGCUUCCCAGAAAAUCUCCUGCUGCACCGGGUGGAGAACACCCAGGGCCACAUCCUGUAUGCCUUCUUGGUGGAAAACAAAGAACGAGAAGGUCGAGUAGUACACUUCGCUGUGCUUAAGACUGAGACAACCACCUCCGUGGCCAAGAUGCUGAGUAUCUUCACAGAGUUCAACUCAGAUUGGCCCAAGGUCAAGGUGGUCUUUGUGGACCCGUCCUUCCCUCAUCGAGGCAUCCUGCAGGAAAUCUUCCCUGCUGCCCGUAUCCUCCUUUCCAUCUACCACACAACCCGACUCUUAGAGAAGAAGUUGCAUCAUAGUUCAGCCAAUCCAUCCUUUAAAUGGCUCAUGAAAGAAGCUCUGCGGAAGGCUGUAUUUGUCACUUCUGAUGCCAGCCUGCAAAAUCUCUGUCAGAUGUCCCAAGCCCUACUAGAUGAGGGGCUCUUCAGCUUCCUGCAGACCCACUGGUUCUCCUGUGAACUGCUGUGGUACAUGCAUGUUAGGAAAGGCCUGCAUGCAUGUAACACAUACAUGGACAGCCUAGACGUUGUCACCAGCAAGGUCUCAAGCCUCUUUCGGGAGCAGCAGUCCCUACUGGACUGUAUCCUGCGCUUUGUGGAUUAUAUAGACUUCUUUAAUAUCAAAGGCUUGAAGAACUUGCCCACAGCUCCUCUCAGGUUAAAGAGAGCCCGGCCAGCAAGCAUGCCACCAAAGUCUAAGAAAGCUUUUUCAAUCUGUGGAGAGAGGCUUCUCAGGCUCCCUGUGGAAGAGACAAAGCCAGAGCAGGUGCAGGCCUCCCAGGGUGGCAUGCUGGACACCUUGCAGCAGAGUGGCUCUGCACUGGCCUAUAAGCUGUGCCACAGUGAGUGGGAGGUGGUUCAGAACUCCACGCACUUACUGGACAUUGCUGGCUCCUCAGUGGACAUUCAGCUGCUAGAGGAUUCUCAUCAGGUUAGCAAAGACGGCUGUAGCUGCAGCUGCUCCUUUCAACAGUGGUACCACCUGCCAUGCCGGCAUAUUCUGGCCCUGCUGUACACCAGCCAGAGGCCCGUGGGGGAAGCCAUGGUGUGCCGCCGGUGGCAGAAGAGGUACCAGCACCUCCUUGGGCCCAGUGGGGAGCUCCAGGACCCUGUCGUGCUCCCAAAUACAGGCCAGCCUGGGAAGCAAGGACGGAACAGCAUGAUUCAGGACCUGAGCCGGGAGCUAGCAAACCUGCUAAUGCAGAGCGAGGGGCCAGAGCUGGAGGAACGCUGUUCCACCUUGCGCAAGAUUGUGGACAUCUGGGCUGACCCCUGCCAGCCGCCUGAGCCCAUUCAGCAGCCAGGGGACUUCAAGGAUGUGGGCUGCCUCCCUUUCCUCUGGGGAAAGCAGGAGGAAGGGGAGGGACUCCCUCUUGCUGGAGCCACACUUAGUGAUUGAAGCUCUCAUGCUGGUGCAUUGGGCCACAAACCCCUUUCCUUGUAAAUCUGAGAGCUCAAAGUGGGCAGAGCAUGCUAGGGGUCUGUCUGCAUUUUAAUCAGUCUUCCCAGGUAGGGCUAGGAGGAUUGUUACAAUAGGGAGAAGAGGAUCCCCACGGAGUGACAGUC